AUGAAGCGAAACCACGUCCCUUCCGCCACCAUCAGCCGCGAAUGCAUCCGGCCAAACAAGAAUAUCAACACUAACAACAAUAAUCAUAACCGCAACAACAAUAAUAAUAAUCGUAGCAUUAAUCGCCGCCGUUGUCGCUUGUCGGGUCUUAUGAGUGUGUCGUCGAUGCCGUCUGGAGUGCCGCUUGCGUGGCUCCUGGUGCUGGGCUUCGUUCUGGGGCCCCUGUCGGGAGGGGCCUGGGGCUUUGUGCUGGACGGUUCGCAAAACAGUUUUGCCCAGUUCCGGAAGUGGUACACCGGGCUGAAUGGGACGCUGGAGCUGGAAUUUAAAACUGAACAACCGAACGGGCUCGUGCUGUACACCGACGACGGGGGGACGUACGACUUUUUCGAGCUAAAACUGGUGGAGGGGGCGCUGCGGUUGCGGUACAACUUGGGUGGAGGGGCGCAGAUUAUUACCGUCGGACGCGAUCUACACGACGGGCACUGGCAUAAGGUGCAGGUCCUCCGCAACGACGAGCACACCACUCUGACGGUAGAUGGCGUAUCGCAGAGCCGCACCUCCCGAGGGAAAGAAUUUCUCUUUGGGAAGUUUGCCACCAACUCGGACGUAUUCGUCGGUGGCAUGCCCAACUGGUACAACUCCAAGCUGGCCCUGCUAGCACUGCCGAGUGUUAUCUUUGAGCCGCGCUUCCGCGGCUCGGUGCGCAAUCUGGUCUACUCCGACCAGCCGGGGGUGUCCCCAAGGAGGCAGGAAAUGCGACAACCACGGGACAUCAAGUGUGGUGAUUCACCUUGCGAUUUGACGGCGAUUCCGCGGGAAAAAGUGACAAGGGACACCUCGCACCUUCCCCAUUAUCAGCACCACCACCAGCACCAACAUCAACACCUCGAACAGCAACAUCAGCACAACUAUGAUAGUCACAGAAAAGUCCGUCCAACGAUGGCACCUGCUGCCGUUAUCAUCACUGCCACCACCGCUUCCAGUGCCGCUUCCGGGAGCGUAUUACGUGACGCACAAUUUUCCGGAGUCUAUCCGCCCAACUACGACCUGGUGCACAACUGCAUCCGGACACUGCCAACGGCCGGCGACUACAACAAGGGAACCCGCAGCAACGUAACGGAUGCCUGCGAGCGGCACGACCCCUGCCAGCACGGUGGCAUCUGCAUAUCGACCGAUUCCGGUCCAAUCUGCGAGUGCCGCAACGGAGAGUACGAGGGACCCUACUGCGAACGAGAUAAAGCCCCCUCGGAGGCAACCUUUCGCGGGACGGAGUUCCUCUCGUACGACCUGGGCCAAACUGGCGGGGAACCGAUCGUUAGCGCACAAGACGCCAUCACGCUCUACUUCCGGACCCGGCAGCCGAACGGGCUGCUGUUCUAUACAGGACACGGAACGGACUACCUGAAUUUGGCCCUCCGAGACGGUGGUGUUUCGCUGACGAUGGGCCUCUCGAACGGCAAACAAGAGAUGCAUAUCAAACCGGCUCGGGUUCGCUUCGAUGAUCACCAGUGGCACAAGGUCACUGUCCACCGACGGAUUCAAGAGAUCUCAUCAAUAACCAGCUUCUGCCGGCUGGUUGCCGUCGUGGACGAUGUCUACACCGACCAUUCGCACAUUGCCGGGAAGUUCACAAUGCUUUCGUCAUCCCGAGUCUACGUCGGUGGAGCCGUCAACCCUCGAGCCCUACUCGGCGCCCGAGUGCACAACAAUUUCGUCGGAUGUCUACGGAAGGUGGAAUUUUCGGCCGAUACUCUCCGGCUGAAUCUCAUCGAUUUGGCCCGAACGGGCUCCAAGCUGAUACAGGUGGCAGGAAGGGUGGAUUAUCAAUGCCCAAGCGGUGAUCCACAGGAUCCGGUCACCUUUACCACGCGGGAGUCAUACUUGCUCCUCCCACCAUGGGAUGUCUCUAAGCAGGGCAUGCUGUCGUUCAAGUUUCGCACAAACGAACCGAACGGGUUGAUAAUUUUGAACACCGUGAUACGACAGCCAAGGCCGGACUUCUUCGCAGUUGAACUGCUCAAUGGACACAUCUACAUCCACAUGGAGUUAGGCUCGGGAGCGGUCAAGGUACGGGCCUCCCGAAGGCGGGUAGACGACGGCGUUUGGCACGAGCUGUCGUUAAGGCGAAACGGUCGAGACGGAAAAGUGGGAGUCGAUGGCCAGUGGAAUGACUUCCGAACGCCGGGCGAUUCGACGCAGCUGGAGCUGGACAGUCCCAUGUACGUGGGCGGUAUUGGGCCUCCGUAUGCGGAUGUGGUUAUUCCUCCAGCGAUUUGGACGGCUACUCUGCGGCAGGGCUUCGUGGGGUGUUUAAGGGACCUAGUGCUGUCGGGGAAACCGGUCGAUAUAGCAGCGUACGCUAGACAGCAGGAUUCAGGAGCCAUCAAACCGUCCUGCCACAUAGUUCCGACUCAAUGCGGGGGGUCUGUAUCUCCCUGCCAAAACGGGGGCCAAUGUACGGAAGGAUGGAACCGACCGCUUUGCGACUGUUCGGCAACCCUUUUCACCGGUCCCACGUGUGGUCGUGAAUCGGCAACACUGGCCUUCAACGGUUCGCAGCACAUGGCCAUCUGGAUUGGUGGCACCCAGGGAACCCGAACACAAACCGAAGAAUUGGUUAUCCGGUUCAAAACGUCUCGCCCGGCUGGUCUCCUACUGCUCACCAGCGCCGAGACAAGUUCAUCUGACCGGCUUGAAAUCGGGCUGGUGGCUGGCCGCGUCCGGGCAAACGUCAAAUUAGGCGAACGCGAGAAGAAUCUGCUGGCUGGCCAGGGAGUUCUCAAUGACAAUAACUGGCACACGGUGAGAUUCUCCCGGCGAGCGUCCAAUCUACGACUGCAAGUUGACGGGGCACCUCCCGUCAGGGGUACGUUAUCGGAAGCAAUCCUCGGCCGGCACAGCACUCUAGAGGUGAAGUCGCUGCAUCUGGGCGGGUUGUUCCACGCCGAGGAGGAGAUCCAGAUGACAGCCGCAAUGCCGAACUUCGUCGGGCAGCUGCAAGGUUUCGUCUAUAACGGACACCGCUACAUCGAUCUUGUCAAGACGCUUGGUCCGGAACUUUCCGCGCUACCAACAACAACCUUCAAGCUGACGGCACGCUUCAUCAACUCUCCACCGGGGUCGCCGUACCUGCCAGCGACUUUCCGAUCGAAGCAUUCGUACGUUGGUUUGCCAAUGUUGAAGGCGUACUCGUCCGUGUUCAUCGAUUUCCGGUUCAAAACUCUGGAACCCAAUGGUCUGCUGUUUUACAACGGUGGCAAACGAAGCGACUUCGUAGCCGUGGAACUGGUCAACGGUCACAUCCAUUACGUAUUCGAUCUGGGUGACGGACCAAUCACAAUUCGGGACAAAGCCAGGAUUCACAUGAACGACAAUCGGUGGCACUCGGUCAGUAUUCGACGACCGGGACCCAAAACGCAUACCUUGGCGGUUGAUGAAUCCAUCGAAAUCUACACUGCCAGCGGAAACAAUAUGCACCUGGAGUUGGAAGGAAUCCUAUACGUAGGCGGUGUUUUUAAGGACAUGUACUCGCGAUUGCCGUCGAGCAUAGCUUCCCGAAAUGGUUUCGAGGGUUGCAUGGCCUCCGUGGACUUGGCCGAUACGACGCCAAGUCUGACAGAGGACGCAGUGGUGCCGAGUUCACUGGUCGUGACAGGCUGCGAAGGCCCCACCAAAUGUAGUCAGAAUGCUUGCGCCAACCGAGGGAUCUGCGUCCAGCAGUGGAAUGCGUACGCUUGCGAGUGCGACAUGACUUCGUUUACAGGACCGACCUGCUACGACGAAUCCAUAUCGUAUGAAUUCGGCACCAACAAGGGGCUGAUUCAAUACACUUUCCCACCUGGACGGCAACCUGACACGGAAGAGGACAAUGUCGCACUGGGUUUCGUAACAACUAAGUCGGACGCGGUGCUACUACGAAUCGAAAGCUUGACGACGCAGGAUUACAUCGAAAUGGAGAUCGUCGAGGGCAAUGUGUUCAUCGUGUACAAUAUAGGAUCACACGAUCUUCCCCUAGGCGAGAUCGGUGUCAAAGUAAAUGACAAUAAUUACCAUAUCGUGCGCUUCACCCGAUCCGGAGCCAACGCUACGCUCCAGAUCGACGACUACAAUGUUCAGACGUUAUUUCCUACUGGUCACCAAUCGACCAGCUUCACGUCAAUGUCGAACGUCCAGGUCGGCGGUAAGAUCUCCCGCAACGGACGCUCCCGUAUCGAGCGGCCGUUCAGCGGAGUGAUCGCCGGCCUCUCGGUAAACCGGCUACGAGUACUGGACCUGGCGGCAGAACGAGACCCCCACAUCAACAUGCGGGGCGAUGUACAAUUGGUAACUGGCGUUUUAGAUAGAAAUGACCAAAGAAUGCAGCAGACUCCGGCUAGCGGCUACCCCGGCGUCAUCGACGAUCUGAUCUUCAGCGGGGCCGGAUCCGGUUGCCGCGGAGAUGACGAAGACGAGUGUACGCCACCGUUCGAAACAGGCAGCGGAGACGACAUCAUCACACCGGUGUACGUUCCACCGACUAAGCAAACGACGGCGGCAGCGGGCGCCACUGGAGGCGGAAGCGGAGCCGGCAAAGGUAACCGAAGGAAAGACGAAGGUAAACUGUGCGAUGACGAGGACUGUAUACAUGGAUCCGGAUCCGGUGAAGUGACGGAGGUGUUCACCGCUUCGACAGCUAAGAGUUCAGAAACGAGUCCGGACGUUACGUACACCACAGUUGACUUCGACAAGAAAACCGAUGGUACAACUACGCUGACGACUCAAGGUCGGUCAGAAACGUACGCCCCAAGCGAAACGACACGGGAGAUGGAUAUGACGAGUAGUGGAACGACAAAUUACGGCACCAGUUCAGGAACCAGUGGAAGUAGCUACGGAACAACAGUAUCGAUUGGUACGACGGGUACAACGAGUGGCACGUCUAGUGGAACGAGUAGUCGAACGACGUACACUACGGGUACGACGUCGGGUUCAAGCACAUAUGGAUCGACAACGCAACAGCAGACCCCGUCUGAAACUACAAUAAGCUAUCGAGACCGCGAUCGAGAUCAUAUCCGAGAAACGACGCAACCUCAGGCGCCCACAACAACAGAAGAUGACGAGGUCAUAGAAGAUAGAGGACCCGAUGAUGAAGAUGGUACAGAAAUGCAGCCACCCAACAAAGGUCAGCGAAAGCCUCCGCCAGUAAAAGUGUCGGAGCCACCGAAUCCGGAACCAGAGCCACCUUAUAAUGCCCAUCCGCCGGCAUUCCCACCAACAAGGGUUCCGAAGCAUAAAGGUGGUCGAAUCAAUUCAGAAGCCGAAGAGCGAACUGCCAUGAUUAUUGGUAUCGUAGCGGGUGCGUUGAUCGCCGUCAUAUUGGUUAUUCUGUUAGUGCUGUGGAUCAAAUCUAAUGGAGAUCGCUCUUACAAGACAGAGCACGAUAAGAGCGGUCUUUACGGCACAGGUCCAAGUGCAGCGUUGUUGGGCGGAUCGCACACCAAUACACACAAUGCUCACUACAAUACGCAUCAACAACAGCCGCACCAUCAGCAACCUCCACAUUACAAUGGCAGUAGUGGCGGAGGAGGAGGAGGAGGCGGAGGUGGCGGUGGAAUGGGACAUCACGGAAACGGCGGUAACGUGCCAUUGAAUGGGUCUUUACGGCACCAUCACAACGGCGGAAACGGCAUGGGAGGAAGCGGGGCCAUGGGAAUGGGCAGCGGUGGCAGUGCUGCCAGUAUGGGAUACAACGGCAGUGAUCGAGGCAGUAUGCAAUCGGGAGGAAUGGGUCCACCGCAGAAACCGAAGAAUCGCAACUCCAAGGACAUCAAAGAGUGGUAUGUUUAAAUCCGCUCUCGGACGCUCUCUCACAAAUACACAUACGAAUGAACGCACUCACACGCGCAUCAGAGACGUUAUAUUUAUAAAACCUUGUUUCCGCUGUUACUGGAAAUGGAUAACACAGGCGACUCACACACUCACAAGCGCGAAGUCACCCACGGCAGACUCAUUAAUACCUAUCAUUGAUUAAUUAUAGUCGAUAAUUAAUUAAUAAUGCAAUUGUGAUGAUACAAACAAAAGAAAAAAAAAGUAAUGAUAAGACAAACACACAAACACAUACCUAUCAUUAAUCGUUAAAUUAACGGGAAAACGAACUAAACGGCGUCGGAAGAUAAAGUAUUUGGGUCAAGCAAACACAUCCAGCUAGGGUAUAAGUGAAAACUGUAAAUAGACACACAACAAGAAAAGUACACGAAUACAUCCACACAGACUAGAACGGCAAGGUAACAAGUGUGACAAAAAAAAUGAAUGCGCGUUUGUACGUGGUGUUUAGAACAUAAA